UCUUCAGGCAAAAGGAAAAUGACUCCAGAAGAAAGUUGUGCCUACACAAAAGAAUGAUGAUCAGAGACCAUGGUCAACAUUUAUGUAAAUUUAAGUAAAUACUGACUGCUAUAAAUGACAGUAUUUCUCAGUUUUGAUAUUGACCCAUAUUCUUUCAUUCUAAAAGUCACAUUUUUGUAUAUUUCAACUACUAUGAAAAUAGAGUUCAUACAAUAUUUGGUUUAAUAAACAGCAGUGUUAUCUAUGUGAUAAAUUAGGAUGCCAUCUUUAUAAUUUUGAGUGUGUUAAACAAGUACUUUGCCUAGUAUCAGUGUCCUUUGUUCUAUAUCUAUUUGAGUUGUUCUCAUUUCUUUUCUUUUACAAAUAAUGUUAAUAUGUGGAAAUAUGAGUUGUGCCAUUUUAUAUAGUCUCCUGUAAGGGCUGUUUGCCAAUUUUAAGUCUGAGGAUUAUUUAUUAUUAUUUUGUUGCAGUUUCAUUUUAUUCGCUAUCAUCUAUUUCUUGUGGUUUUAUCUGUUUGGAGCUAAUUUUCUAUGAUACAGUUUACAUUUAACUUUUACCUCUACUUUGCAAUUAUUUUCAAGGAAUGUAUUGGUGGUUUGUGUAGUAAAAUUUUGGAAGUGAGAUUAUAGUAACCACUUUAAACUAGAAUACUGGGGCCAGCUUUGUGACAUAGUGGGUUAAAUCACCACCUGCAUCCCAUAGGAGGGCUGGUUUGAGUCCUGGCUGCACCACUUCCUAUCUAGCUAUCAGCUAAUACACCUAGGAAAGCAAUGAAGAUGGCCCAAGUGCCUGGACCCCUGUACUCACAUGGAAGACCCAGAUGGAUUUCUAGGCUCCUGGCUUUGGCCUGCCUGAAUGUUGCAGCCAUUCGGCAAUUGAACCAGCUGAUGGAAAAUCUCCCUCUAUCUCUGUAACACCACCCUUGAGAUGAAAAAAACAGAAAGAGAGGCAGAGAGAGAGGUCUUCCAUCCACUGGUUUGACCACUGUUUCACUCCCCAUUGGCCAAAGCCAGGAGCCAGGAGCUUCUUUUGGGUCUCCCACGUUGGUGCAGGGACCCAAGACAUGGGCUGUCUUCUACUGCUUUCCCGGACCAUAGCAGAGAGCUGGAUCGGAAGUGGAGCAGCUGGGACUCAAACUGGCGCCCAUAUGGGAUGCCAGUACUGCAGGUGGCAGCUUUAUUCACUAUGCCACCUUGCCAGCCUUGUGAAUCUUUUUUUUUAACAUGCUUUAUGAAAGGAUAUGAAGCAUUUCUACUGAAUCUUAACUGUUUAAUAAGAAUUAAUAAAUGAGGAAUUCUUACCCCAAUUUACAAUGAGAAAAUUGAAGCUUAGAUUUGUUAAACUUCCCAAGAUCAUACAUGAUCUCAAGUUCACGUUAGAGCUCUGUUUUCAAUUCAAGUGGGGUUCUAAAGCUUCAGUCACUAUGUUUAGAUAAUAAUUGCUUGUGGUGAACUACUUUGAAAUACCUUUUUUGCUUUUCUUACAGCUACAUACCACUCUUCAUAGUUAGGGGUACUUCUUAUAAGUUUGUGUGGCGCUUUCGUUCUGUCCUUUCCAGCAGGUAACAUCUAAAGGAACUGGUUUAAAUCCCAACGCCAAAGUAUGGCAAGAAAUUCCUCCUGGAAAUCCUGAUGCCACUCCUGUAACUCAUGGAACGGAAAGUUCUUGGCCUGAUACAGCAGCCACAUCAGGGUCCCCUCCUGAAGGAAAUACAGAGCUUUCAGAAGAUAUGUGUAAGGAAUAUGAAGUAAUGUAUUCUUCAUCUUGUGAAACCACAAGGAAUUCUACAGGCAUUGAAGAGUCCACUGAUGGAAUAAUUUUAGGACCAGAAGAUCUGAGUUACCAAAUAUAUGAUGUUUCUGAGGAAGGCAAUUCAGCAAUUUCCACAGAAGAGCUAAAAGAAUGUCUGAGGAAACAAUUAGAAUUCUGUUUCUCACGAGAAAAUUUGUCAAAGGAUCUUUACUUGAUAUCUCAGAUGGAUAGUGAUCAAUUUGUCCCAAUUUGGACUGUUGCCAACAUGGAAGAAAUAAAAAAGCUGACCACAGACCCAGAUUUAAUUCUUGAAGUAUUGAGAGCUUCUCCCAUGGUUCAAGUUGAUGAGAAGGGCGAGAAAGUGAGACCAAGUCAUAAGCGCUGUAUUGUGAUCCUCAGAGAGAUUCCUGAAACAACACCAGUAGAGGAAGUGAAAGCUCUGUUCAAAAAUGAAAACUGUCCCAAAGUGAUAAGCUGUGAAUUUGCACACAAUAGCAACUGGUAUAUCACCUUCCAGUCAGACACAGAUGCACAGCAGGCUUUUAAAUACUUAAGAGAAGAAGUUAAAACUUUUCAGGGCAAGCCAAUCAUGGCAAGGAUAAAAGCCAUCAAUACUUUUUUUGCAAAGAAUGGUUAUCGAUUAAUGGAUGCUAGUAUGUAUAAUCAGCCCAUUCAAACUCAAGCACAAUAUGCCUCACCAGUCUUUAUGCAGCCUGUAUAUAAUCCUCACCAGCAGUACUCAGUCUACAGUAUUGUGCCUCAGUCUUGGUCUCCAAAUCCUGCACCUUACUUUGAAACGCCACUGGCUCCCUUUCCCAAUGGUAGUUUUAUGAAUGGCUUUAAUUCACCAGGAUCUUUUAAAACAAAUGCUGCUGCUAUGAAUAUGGGUCGACCAUUCCAAAAAAAUCGUGUGAAGCCUCAUUUUAGGUCAUCUAGUGGUUCAGAACACUCAACAGAUGGCUCUGUGUCAUUGGGGGAUGGACCAUUGAACAGGUCUAGUUCAAGGAACUUUCCAACUGAACGGCCUACCCCUGUAGUAACAGGGCACCAGGAGCAAACUUUCCUUCCAAAGGAGGCUCCCACUUCGCAGGUGGAACAGAAUGGGGACUUUGGUAGAGGCAGGAGAACACUUUUCAGAGGUCGGAGACGACGAGAAGACGACAGGAUCCCAAGACCCCAUUCCUCCAGCACUGAAGCAAAGCCUCCCACACCGAAAUUUGACUUACUAGCCUCAAAUUUCCCUCCUUUACCUGGAAGUUCAUCAAGAAUGUCAGGUGAACUUGUUUUGGAGAAUAGGAUGUCUGAUGUCGUUAAAGGUGUCUACAAAGAAAAGGAUAAUGAAGACUUGAGAGUGAGUUGCCCAGUGCCUGCAGAGGAUGAGCAGACAGACUGCACUUCUGCCCAGCAGCUUAGUAUGAAUCCUAGUCCUCCAAGUACAGCUGAGCCUCCUGUGUUAAGCACUACUCAGCAAGAAAAGGAUCUAAUAGAAGACUCCACUGUUCAGAAGGAUGUUGUCAACCAGACGAAUAUACCAGGUUCUUCCCCAAGUACUGCAAAGCCAUCCAGGGCAAAUACUUCUUCACCUUGUAGCAGUAACAUAAAUUCAGCUGUCACUGUGGCUCUACAGGAACCCCGAAAAUUAAGUUAUGCUGAAGUGUGCCAGAAGCCCCCUAAAGAGCCAUCUCCAGUUCUUGUGCAGCCACUACGGGAACUUCGCUCCAAUGUGGUGUCUCCCACCAAAAAUGAAGAGAAUGGAGCUCCUGAGAAGUCUGUUGAGAAAGCACAUGAAAAACCAGAAGCGAGGGCUAGUAAGGAUUAUUCUGGCUUCCGAGGCAAUGCCAUUCCCAGGGGAACAGCUGGAAAAAUCAGGGAACAGAGACGCCAGUUUAGCCAUAGGGCUAUACCUCAGGGAGUGACUCGACGUAAUGGUAAAGAGCAAUAUGUGCCACCCAGAUCACCAAAGUAAAAAAAAAAAGAAACAAGACAAAAAAACAAGAAACUAUUUGGAAACUUCUCUCUCUUCCCAUUAAACUUGAGCCGGAUAUUUUGAACUGUUUUGGAGGGGAGCGGGGAGACAAGAAGGAAACAAGAGAAAGAAUGUCCUUAAAUCAUUGUGGAUUUUGGAGUUGUGAGCAGUAGAAUCCCAAAAUUCAUCUCUAAAAUGAUUUUAAAAUGCUGGAGGAUUGCAAUCAGUAUAAAUAUAAAUAUAUAUAUAGAGAUAGAUAUAUACGCAUAUAAAAAUAUAAUUUUUCUAUUUUUGUUUUUGAUUUUAAUUUGCAGAGAUUUUCUGCCUGGAAUCAAUUUUGAGGGUUCAGAUUUAGCUUGGAAAAAAAAAAAACAUUGUACAUCCUUCGGUAUAGGAGUUGAGGGAGUGAGAGAAAAUAUUUUUUGAAGACGUGUUUCUGUAAAAUUAGAAAUUACUUUUUUUAAUCUAUUUAAAGUUUGGCUUGAAGAAUGCCAUCUCUGACUCUAUGGCCUUGUGUUGCAAAGCAGAUCAGUGGCUGGGGUGCCUGUUGUGGGUGUGAGUGUGUGCAAGAUUGAUUUAAGCCAAAUCUGUUGUCAUGUUCAUAAAUGAUUUGAAAACUGAAUGUAAUACUUGAGUAGAUUUUUUAGUUUGAAAAUUUAGUUUGUCUUUUUGACCUUACUAAUAUUUCUUUCAACAAGUUGUUAAGCUCUGAUUGUACUUGGAGAUGUGACUACCAAUCAGUUUGAUACUCAAGGAAAGAGUGGGGAUUAUUUUAAAAUUGAAAAUUUCAUCUUUGAUCUGAGUGGACGUGUCAGGUGGACUGAAGACAUUUGAACUGUUCUGUGGUUUUUCUUUUCCUCUUAAAAUGAGAAAAAAAUUGUUAUUCUGUAUUCUUUGCCUACCCCCAAAAAGAAAAUAACCAACCACUUACUGAAUUGUAUGUUUCUAUCUACUUUGACCAGUCUAGUCAAAUCAUAUAACUGUUAUACAUUUCAGAAUUCCAUGUUGAAGUAUUUUACUCUUCUGUUCACAUAUUUAGAAUUUUAGGUUCUAGAGUGAUAAGGGCAGAUUGACCCUACAGUAAUUUAUUUGUGUUAGUGUUAAAGAUGAAAGAAGCAUUAUAACUGACUUUUCAAAGUGUUAAAUAGUGUAGUAGAAGAGAAUUUUUUUAAAAGGCUUAAUUUGAGGAGAACUUUUUUCUGUUUACACUCUAUUUGCCACCUUCUUUCCCUCCCCCUAAACACACACACACACACACACACACACAAUUUGGAAUUCACUCAGGCAGAACAUGCAAGUCAUGAAAUUUUUGAGUUAAGAUAAGAAAGGUGGUUGAGCAAAAUUAAUGCAUAAUUCUCAGACAAUAAAGUUGUAGCUCUCAGAUAGGCAAGUUUACAUGCUGGUAUAUAGAAAAUAGCUAAAAUAUUAAAAACCAUGUUGCAUUAAUCUGUUUUAAGUCACACCAUGUUCAGAGUUCUAUGUAAGAUGGAAUUUUGUUUUUCAUUUUAGGGGAUAGUUUGGAAUAGUAGUAACUAUCUCUUAGUGAGUUACAUAUGUACAAAUGGAAACUGUAAAUUGUGAACACUGGAAAGCACCAUUGUGACAUAGCAUAACCAUCUUAGUAAUAUAUUAAUGAAUGUAAAUGGAGGUUAAAAUUACGUUACUGUGAAACUCCUCUUCCAGCUCUAUGCUUUGGAGAUCUGUAUUAAUGGGUAACUAACUGUUAAGAGCUUUGAAAACACUGCACAUUUCUUUACAGGCUAGAAUUUUUAUUUCUUUGUAACUUAUUCAGCUUGGCAAUUGCUUUUGAUUUGGUGGGUUGAUAACAUGGUAUAAUAUAUUUACAAAGUUUGAAACUAUUCAUUUCUAUACACUAUUUGUUUUUAAUCAUCUACUAAAUGAAACAUACAAUACUACCUGUGCUGAAAUUUGGGGGAAGUUUAGGUCCUUUAAAAAAAAGCUAUUAUUAAUCAUUGAUUACACCUAUGAAAAAAGUGCUUAUUUUGGUUUACUUAGAUAAUGCUGCGAUUGGUGGAAAUGAUAAACAUUAGAAGUGUUAACACCCUGUGAAUGCAUUGGAUUUAAGAGAAUAAACUUUUUUUAAACUUCACUUGGCAAGGAUUAUAAACUUAAUUAUUGCACUUAAAAUGAAACAUUACUUUUUUUUGUACAGUGUGUCAGAGGUGUAGAAUUAUUACUUGUAUGCUUGUGUGACUUAUAUGUAGUCCACAAACUCCUAAAAAUCUAAAGGUUCUAACUGAAACACAAGGAAAAAAAGUCUUCUUUUUGAAGAAAGAAAGUAUAUUCUUGCUUUUCCUCUGAAAGUUAUUAAAAGUAGGAAUUUUAAAGACAUGACCAUUUUUAAAUUUCUUAUAAAAUAUAGUAUUUUUAAUUUAAUUUGCCUCUUUACAUCUAAUAGUUCCCAUUUGAUGGGGUAUAUAGGGAAGAAUGUGAGUGUGUGUGUGUGUGUGUGUAUGUGCGCAUUAUAUAUGUAUAUAUAUAUUCACAGUAUGUAUUUAGCAUUUAUUUUAUUACAGCAGAUUCAAGGUUUGUGUCUAAAUGAUGCCUGAGAGAUGUUGGCUUUUUUUCCAGCAUUACUCUAACUGAUGAAGGGUGAGUGUUUGUUGUAGUUCAGCUAUUUAUUUGAUUGUUUAGAUGGAGGGAUUUAAAUAUAUUUUUCUCUUCACCCUUAUGACUUAACAUUUCCUUGGGCUGUUGAAAGCUAAAAGUAGGUAGAGAUGAUACUGAUUGUAUGGUACAGUGAUCUGCCAUGGUUGUUACCACAUGAAGAGAACAAGAGUCAUACAAGUUCAUCACCUUGCACUUCACAGACAAGGUCCAUGGAGACAUUGCAAAGAUAUGUCUCUCUUUUCUGUCCUGAUAAUUGAAGUUUUCCUGAUAUCUAGGACCUGUCUUUAAUCUGACUUUAUGUUAUUUUUGCCAGAUAUAGACAAUGGAAUUUAAAAUAAUGAUCCAUCUAAAUUUAUUUCAACUUGAUCUUGGAGGAAGAUAAGAGCUUUCUGCGAUAAUGGGUUUGUUACCAUCUUAUGUACUUGAUUUGCAAGAGAUCAAAUGACAUACAGAAUUCUGAUUUAUUUUUGGUUCCUAAAAUUAAGGUAGCUUGAAUAUUGUUUCACAUUCCCUUUUCUUUUUAAAUAACCAGGUAUGCUUUGCAAAAGGCUUAAUGAUGGAAUGUUAGCAUCUCACUGGUUUAAAAGAGAACAAGGAAAAUGCUGCUGGGACAGAAAGCAGUUUUUAAAAAUUUCUCCACACUUUCUUCUAGUUUUAUUAGUUAUGGCCUUAAUAAUUAGUCAAUAAUUGGCUUAAAUGUCCACUGGUUUUACUUUGACAUAGUUGAACAACACUGGGGUUAAGUCUCUGGUAUUUGUGUUAGCAAUAUAUAUUAAGCAUAUUUUAAAAGUACCUGUUUUUGGUUUUUUUUUUUUUUUUUAACAGAUAAAAUUCAAAAGAGGACAGACAGUAUUCCUUUUGAGGGGGUUUUAUAAAUUCUUAACUAUAGUAUACAAUGGAGUUUUUUUCCUAUUUUUUGUAUUUCCUUAAGAUUUGGAGGCCAUUAAUUUAACUUUCUGCUUCUUGACAUAUGCUAAUGUGUCUAGUCUGAGCUUUCAAGACAUUUCAAUUUUCAUUAACUGAAUGAGGCCAUUUUAAGAAGUUGAAAGAAAAUUUGUUUUGAAGUUAGAACAAAUUCUCUUUGAAAACACAUGAUUAUUAAGUAACUUAAAGUUUAUUUUUAAAAGCUGCAAACUUUUUAUGAAUCUUUGAGUAGACCGUUUCUAAAAGUGUGUGUUAAAUGGUUUAAUUUUCAGUUUUGCAGCACAAAACACUGGUAGUAUACUUAAAGAAAUAACCACAUCAAAGGAUUUUUGUUGUUUUAAACUGAUUCAGGUGUCCCUUGAGUGAUAUCUCUUAAAUGUUGGGGCCGGGGUGGGGGGUGGAGAUCAGAACCAGUUAUCUGGCUUCUAUGUUGUCCAUUGCUUAGGUUUGUUCCUGUUGUCAAAACUACCCCCACCCCCCACUCCAAAUGGUGUGACACAUGCUCAUGCAUAAAAUGUUAAACUGAGUACAUCCUUGUAUUUGUAUUUGUUUUCAACAUUGCCAAGGUGCUAUGGGAAAUUCAAGUAACAAAAUUAGAAAAAAAUAAAAUUAUUAAAAGCA